AUGAAAAGAACUACCACGGUUAAAAAAUGGGGUGGAGAAGUUCAACUUCAAGCCCUUUCUAUAGCCUUAUGUCAACCUAUUUAUUCACAUGUCAAAGUCAACAAUGAUUCAACAAAUGGACACUAUGUUCCAUCUGAUAUCAGUCUACAAAAAUUGAUCGAUCGAUUCGAUAAAGGAACCGCAGGUGGUCAUCUUAAAUAUAUUGGAUACAAAUCCGAUAUGAACAAAUUGAGUUUAUGUAUUUAUUUCACAGGAAAUCAUUAUAAUGCUCUCUUACCUUUUCUAAAUAAUCCUCAACAAUUUAUACCCAAACAUGAUAUAAUUAAUAUGAGUUUAUAA